ACAGGAAUAAAGAGCUAUACAUUUUAAACAAAUUUCAUAGUGGUUGUGAAUAUAAGAUAAUCAGUUAUGGGUCGCAAGUACAAAAAAGUUGCAAAACCCUACAAUGAAGCUACAAUGAUGCAAGCAUGCCAGGAGAUAGAAGAGGGAGCAUCUCUCCGUGUAACUGCUGCCAAAUACAAUAUUGGUUAUGGUAAAAUGCAAAGAACAGUCAGACUUCACAGAAUGGAUUCUAAAGCUGAAGACCACAGGGGGAAGAAGCUUGUCCUAAGCAGAGAAAUUGAGAUGACUAUUCUGAAUUGCAUCAAGGGCAUGGAGCAGAUGGGGAUGUCUCCUCCAAUUACUGAGCUGCAAAACAUUUUACAAGAUUGGCUGGUGGCAAAUCAAUAUGUGACCUCCUUCAAAGAUAACAGACCUGGACUAGACUGGGUUUACAGCUUUCUGAAGAGACAUGGUCUUUGUUUGAAGAAGGGAGGACAAAUGCAGUUAGCUAGAAAAACUGUGACAUCUGACCCAUUCAUUAUCUACGGGUUUUAUGACCUAUUGGAAAAAGUCAUCAAUGAUUUAGGAAUUGCCAACAGACCACAAUGCAUCUAUAAUCUUGAUGAAACCUGCUUCCCAACAGAUCCAUCAAAGACCAAAACAAUAGGAACCAAGGGGGUUAAAACUGUGAGAGUGACACAUGGCUCGAACAGAGAAAACACAACUGUGUUAGCAACAGCCUGUGCAGAUGGCACAGCACUUGACCCCCUUAUUGUAUUCAAGGGGAAAAGAAUGCAAACCACUUGGGUUGGAGAUCAAGCACUGCCACUCACCCAAUAUGCAGUAACAGAUUCAGGCUGGAUGACGAGCAGUGUCUUUGAAGAUUUUUUUUGUCAAUUUGUCAAGACAACUCAGAAUACAUGCCCAAUUUUGCUCAUUGUAGAUGGUCACAUAAGCCAUACAUCACUUGCAACUGUUGAAUUAGCAGCAGAAAAUAACAUAACCAUCCUGAAACUGCCACCCCACUGCACAGAUGUCCUUCAACCCUUGGACGUGGCAUGUUUUGCCCCUUUGAAGUCUUACUAUGACAAAAAACUGUUGGAGUUCACACAAGGCACUGGAGGUCGUGAACCCCUUCGCAAGGAUAGAUUUGUCAACAUGCUAAGCUCUGUGUGGAGGACAGGCCUAUCUGAAAAAAACAUUGUUGCAGGCUUUCGGGCUACAGGAAUUCAUCCUUUGGACAAAUCCAGGUAUGUCACCUCAAGGCUAGACAAGGUCAAGUUGAAAAUGUAUCAUGCCUGGGUUGAGGCUGGAAAGAAAAAAGAUGAGAAUGGCCAUCCUGUCCUACAUCCUACAGAUGCAGAAGAAUCAAUUGAGCUAUCUGAAAUUGAGAACGAUGCUUCUACAGCAGAAGAACAGAAUGAAGCAUUUGCAGCUUCUGCUCUGGCAACCACAGCAACAAAAUCAACUGGUCAAGUGACUCAUGGACUGGCUAUGCCAAAAGCCUCAACCCCGGUUACUCCUGAGAUGUCAGAUCCUGGGUGCAGCUUCUGGCAGACCAGUUGUCCUGAUUUGAGGGUAGUUCUCAAAGACAUCCCUUCUAAAGCAUUAAUUGAAGAGGUAAUUCAAAGGGACACUUCAUGGAAAUCACUUUUCAACAUCUUAUCAUCUAAAGUUAGUGAAAUGAAUACUGAAAGAAUAAUGCCAACCCCUUCUCACUCACUGGAGGCAGUUCUUCAGGCCCGUGGACAACCUGCUGGUCCAGCCCAAAAAAAACGCAAGGUUGUGCAAAUGGAUGCAAUAGUUAUUUCUGAUGAGAAGUGUCGACAGCAGAUGGCAGCAAUGGCAGCAGCCAAAAAUAAAGUGAAGAAACAAUGCAUUGUAGAAAAACAAAAGCAACCAGUAGCAGCAAAGAGACUGACACAGAAAGACAUAAGUGAUGACUCUGAUACUUCAUGUGAUUCAAGCAUUGAAAUGAACAUGAUCAAUAAUUCGGACAACUUGAUGCCUGCAAACUUAAUUCAAACUAAAGGCACCAAUGAAGAGACCAUGGAAAACAUAACCAAUGAUGAAAUGACAGACAACCAGUCAGGUAUAAGGAUUGAUGAUGACGCUGUUGGAAAAUAUGUAGCAGUGCUCUACACUGAUCCAAAGACAACUUACUUUUGGGGCAAGAUCACAAAAGUGUUCUCCAAUGAUGAAAAUUCCAAUGUAACUGACAUUGAAGUUGAUUUUCUACAAAAGAAAACAAUAACAAGUGACCCAUCUAGCUGGACCUGGGACAACAAAAGGCAGAAAGAGAUACAAAUUAUAAGCAUUGAAUAUGUGCUGUUUGGCCCAGUAUGCCCAAAUUUCAAAAAUAAAUUUUUUCAGUUUCCUGAUGUAGAGGCAACAGCCAUUCUUCAGAAAAUCAAAGAAAAAAGGUUGCACCAAGAUUAGGCCAACUACACUGGACUUGUGUAAUGAACUUACUGAAGGACUUGGUAAUAUAUAUUUAUAUAGUAUAUAUAUACAUAGGUGGCAGACACAAGGCCUGCAGCAAAUUAUAAUAAUCUGUAAAGACUAUUUUUUAUUAAAAAAUAAUAUU